ACCAUGAGCCACAGGUCGAUCGGCACGCAGCCGAUGGAGAUCUUGAUUGCAUUCUGCAUCAUCUUUGUCGGCCUGUGUGUUAUUACUGCGUAUGUUUAUAUCCAAGGCGAUAUUGGUGGUGGACAUCAUGCUAACUGGUGAUUCCAGGCUCCGCUUUUAUGUCGACCGACGAGGACCCGAACCCGAACAGCCGGCGAUUAACCUCCCGACCGAGACACGCCGACGACGUCUAGACAAACUGGUGGAGAAGCAGCCAUUCGAGACGUGGUGGGAGAGUCUGCGCAAGGAGAAGCAGUUGUCGGAAGAAGUCAAGAGUCAGUUUGUGUGUGCGAUAUGUUUGGAAACGAUCGAAUCGAAAGAUACGGUGUACAACUUGGCGUGCCGACAUGCGUUCCACACGGACUGUCUGGAACGGUGGUAUAUCAGCUGGCAUCUCAAGUGUCCUGUGUGUCAGCAGGUGUUUGCGCCAGGAGAAGAUAAAAACGCGGUAUAAGAUGCCGAUAUGACAUGAGACAUGAUAAGACAUGAAAGACAUUGAUUGAUGU